AUGGACUCUCGUUAUGUAGUGUACCGUAAAGACAGAGUUAUUACUGCUACCUCGAAACAAGAUGGGGGAGGAGUUCUGAUCGCUGUCUCUAGAGAUGUUAAGUCUGGGCGAGUAGAGAACUGGGAAAGUUCUGGAGAGGAUCUAUGGGUCACGAUCGACGUAGAUAUGAAGGGUAGACUUGUGAGGCUUGCUUUGUGCGUUGUUUACCUACCGCCUACAUCUAACAUGGGAGUUAAGUUGCAGGCCAUGUCUGGUUUUCUUGACCGUGUGAGUCACGUUUUAAUGCAAAUAGAGAAUGUUAUUAUAUGCGGUGAUUUCAACUUGAGUUCCAUUGGUUGGGAACCAGAUGGAGAUGGUUUGCAGUUUUUGCCUGUUAUUCAUAGUGGUACUAUUGGUUAUACUUUCGUUGAUUUCAUGUUUUCGAGUGGCUUGAGUCAGAUGAAUGGUGUUCGAAAUUCUGAUGGUAAAAUUCUUGAUCUGGUUCUAACCAAUGUGUCUGGGAUUACGGUGGCACAGUCUCCAGAUUUGUUGAGCAGAUUAGAUCCCUUACAUCCGAGCUUAGACAUAUUUACUAGUUUUUCAUCUGUAGAUUUUGUGCCAUCUGGAUUGAGUGAGUGUUAUAAUUUCGGCAAGGCAAACUAUGAGAACAUACACCGGCUCUUGAAUGGAAUCGACUGGCAGGAAAAAUUUAAUCAAUGCGAUAAUGUUGAUGAUAUGACCUCGGCUCUCUAUGCUGAGUUACACACUACCAUAGAUGCACAUGUCCCUAAGAAAAAAGUUAAUGAAUCUCGAUCUGAUCCUCCCUGGUAUACUAAAAACCUUAAAAAAAUACUUGCGGAAAAGAAAAAGUUGAGAAAACGACAUGCCAAGUAUAAUAAUCCAAGAGACCGAUUAGAGUAUAAAAUUAUGAGAGGCCGUUGCCACAAUUUGAAUAAACUGUGUCUUGCCCAGUACAAAAGUCACAUUGAAACGAAGAUCCAGAAACAACCUAAAGAUUUUUGGCGGUAUGUUUCUGAGAAGCGCGGUAAUGGAACUUCCAUUCCGUCGGUGAUGCACCUAGAUAGUGCGUCGGCGGAUUCAGGACCAUCCAUUACACAAUUGUUUGCAAAUCACUUUUCAGCAACUUACACGGAUAUACAGCCUAUCGCAACGGUGGCAGAAUCUUCUUCUAAACUACAAUAUUCAGAGUUAUCAUUUGGUAACUUGUCAAGAGUACAUAUCUCUGACAAGGUAGUUGAGAAAGGCUUAAAAUCAUUGGAUGGUUCAAAGGCUGCCGGCCCUGAUGGAAUACCACCUCAUGGUUUCAGGACUGGUCGUUCAACUCUUACGAACUUAGUUGAGUUUGUGAAUGAUGUGAUGACUGAGGUUGAUGGAGGUCUCGAAGUGGAUGCCGUGUAUACGGACUUUAGUUGUGCCUUUGACAAAAACAAAAAUUGUCAACCCAAUAAUGCAAAGAGACAAGCCCCUUUCACUGUGAAUAAUCAACCACUUUUCAACCCACCUCAGACUUUUCAAAGAGAAACAAACUCUUUUCCACAAAGUCCUGUAAAUGAAAUGACCCCUAAUGUCAGUCCAAACAAUUUCUUCACUCCACGCGAGAACCGUAACCAACCACAGUUUAUACCUAGACCUCAAGAUUCAUUCCAAGGACUAGAAGGACAAGAAGUACUCAACAAACAAUGA